UUGAUGACAUGAAAGAGAGGAUCGUGUUGGCAAUAACUCAAACCAAAUAUGAGUCCUUUUACGGGGAACCUUUUGACUAUGAAAUCCUAAUCUCGCGCAAAACGCCCUGGCCAUUGUCCCCAACCUCAGCCUCGACCCCUCUUCUUCUCCCUCUUCAUCACCGUUGUAGAUCUCUCUCUCUCUCUCUCUCUCUCUCUCUCUAUCUCUCUCUAGGUCAGGGUCUGUAGAUCUUCGGAUUCCGUCCGGAAGCCGCCAAUGUCGACGAAGGCCACUGCCUCGUAUGGCACAUCCGCCUCCGCGGUCAGCAGCAGCAGCCCCACCUACGCGCAGCCCCCCAUGGCCCCCCUCUCCUACUCCACCCGCGCCACCGAGUUUCUUGCCACCCGCCGCCCCUGGCGCGAGUUCUUCGACCUCGCCUCCUUCUCCCUCCCUUACAGCUACGCCGACGCCAUGUCCCGGAUCAGGAAGAACCUCAACCACUUCCGCGUCAACUACACCAUGAUCAUGCUCGCCAUCCUCUUCCUCAGCCUUCUCUGGCACCCCGUCUCCAUGAUCGUCUUCAUCGUCGUCUUCGUCGCCUGGUACUUCCUCUACUUCUCCCGCGACCAAACCCUAGUCGUCCUCAAUUACAGCGUCGACGACAGGAUCGUCCUCGUCGGCCUCAGCCUUGUCACCAUUAUAGCUCUCGUCCUCACCCAUGUGGGCCUCAAUGUGCUCGUGUCUCUGAUAAUUGUGGUCGUCAUCGUCGGGUUGCACGCAGCGUUCCGAAACUCCGAGGAUGUGUACGUCGAUGAAGAGAGCGCCAAUGAGGGCGGGUUGUUCUCCGUCGUGGGGAGCCAGCCCAUGAGAACGCCACCUUAUACUCGAUUGAACUAGUAAUCGUUUCCGAAAGGCAAAUGGAUGGUUCCGGGCUCCAGUUUAUACAGGAUUCUUGUUUCUCAUGGUGCCAAUUUUCCCCAAACAUAAGUUGCUGGCGAUUUUCGAACUGCUGGUGGAUCAAGCUCGAGAAUUUGCGUUGGUAUAGAUCGGCUAGAUAGAAGAGGGAAAUAGAAAAACUUUGGAUUUGGUCGUAACUCUUGAAGUUUAGGAUGGUUCAGGAUCAGUUUGCUUGUUUGGGAUUUCUUGAAUUCGGGUCUUUGAAGGAAGAAGCGUGUCCUUGUGCUCUAAAGUGAUAUCGUAUUGUUAUUCAGAUACGCGCUAUGUGUAUAUGGUGGUUACGCAUCCUCCGUGGGAGAGGCUACACUGCAUCUUUCAUUUGUUCAUUAUGAUAAUAGUUACUUCGUGUUGUUUGUUCAGCUGAAUUGUUAUUAUGAGACUGACUAUUGAAGAAAACAUGGUGUUUCUCGAUUUUAAAGCUUCUGAAUUACUUUGUAGUGCAGCGGGGA